CACCACAUCAGACACUGCCAUCGCGAUCGCGCCGACCCACUCUGCGGCACCUACAGCAUGCCGUCUGAUCUCUCCUACUGGAUUAUCUCGGUGCCCCUGCAUGACGGCGACCCGUCCUCGGUUCUCGAGGACGUGCGCCGCGCGACGGGCGGCAACACCCCUUGCGGCGGCUGGACCAUCCCGGAACUGAAGGCCGGGACACUCUCGUCGCUAUUGACGCUCUCGGAUCAGCUGCCCAAGAUGGAUGCGACGUUCACGGCCGUCGUAUCCAAGCUGCUCGACCAGCUGCGCUCCCUCGUCGGAGACGACAAGACGCGACUCGCACAGCAUGCGCGCGUCAACGAUCGCCCGGUAGAGGAGUACUUGCUGCCUGACUCGCAUGGGCAGUCAGCGUGGCGCUGGGACAAGGGGCGCUGGGGCGACGAUGGCAAGGUCGGCGACGUCGUGGCCUCGCUUGUGAGCGAGAUGCACACGGUCGAAACGACGCAGAAGGCCAAGGCCCAGUCGUAUAAUCUCGCCAAGGGCGCACUCAACACCCUUCAGCGGAAACAGCAGGGUAAUCUGUCGCAGCGCUCUCUGUUGGACGUCGUCAAGAAGGGCGACAUUGUCGAGAACUCCGAGUUCCUCGAGACGCUCCUCGUCGCCGUGCCGAAGAACAACGUCAAAGACUGGUUUGACAAGUACGAGCGCCUCGCAUCCAUGGUUGUCCCGCGCAGCUCGCAGGAGCUUGCCAAGGACAAUGACUUUGUCCUGAUGACCGUCACCAUCUUCAAGAAGGUGCACGACGACUUUGUGCACAAGGCUCGCGAGAACAAGUUCAUUGUGCGCGACUUCAACUGGGAUGACGAGGGGCUCGAGAACCAGAAGAAGGAGCUAGCCAGGCUCGAGCAGGAGGAGAAGGAACUUUGGACCGAGCUGCUGCGUCUGACGCGGAUAAACUUCUCGGAAGCAUACCAGCUGCUGGCGCACCUCAAGACGGUACGCCUAUUUGUGGAGAGUGUGCUCCGCUACGGCCUGCCGGCGGAGUACGCAGGAGUCAUUGUCAAGCCCGAGCCCAAGACAGCGGUCAAGACGCUCAAGCAGCUGUCGGCGCGGUUCAACUACCUCGCCACAGCCAAGGAUCGGGCGAGCAAUACGGUCCACGCCGAUGACAUGGUGGGAGAAUGGGCAAAUGUGAUGGAGCAGGAAUACUACGACUUUGUGUUGUUCGAGAUACCCAAGGUUGACUUUUAG